GAGUGUGUCAGUGUAAUGACUGCUGUGAUCAAACUCCUCUCCCCUUGGAGAUUUGACCGACUAGCCCGAGCGUCAAAGUCUGCAUUGAUCCCAUGUGUUCAGCUGCACAGCACAGGUGCAUUAAUGGGAGCAUCAGUAGAAGAUUUCAACAGAGCCAAGGAUCAGCUUGGCACCUUGAAGAAGGACCCUGGAAAUGAGGUCAAACUUAAGAUCUAUGCACUCUUCAAACAGGCCACUCAGGGUCCCUGCAACACCCCUAAACCAGGCAUGCUGGACUUUGUGAACAAAGUGAAAUGGGACGCCUGGAAGAGUCUGGGGUCUGUGUCACAGGAAGAGGCCAGGCAGCAGUAUGUGGAGCUCAUCUCAUCUCUAGUGGGAGCUGAAGCCCCUACAGUGGCACCACAGACUUCUGGAGUCACAAAGAGCUUCCAGACCCUGCUGGUCAGCACAGAGAACAACAUCACCACCAUCCGCCUUAACAGACCUGAGAAAAAAAAUGCCAUCACUGUGGAGAUGUACAAUGAGUUGAUUGAAGCUUUGGAUCUAUCUGGAAAAGACAAUUCUGUCAUUACAGUGAUGACAGGCAAUGGAGAUUACUACUGCAGUGGCAAUGACCUGAACAACUUCACUAAGAUCCCUGAGGGUGGUGUAGAGAAAAUGGCUAAAGAAUCUGGGGAGUUACUCAAGAGGUACGUGAAGGCGUACAUUGACUUCCCCAAACCUCUGAUUGCUGUUAUAAACGGGCCGGCGGUGGGUGUGUCAGUUACCCUGUUGGGACUUUUUGAUGUUGUUUAUGCCACUGAGAGGGCGACGUUUCACACACCUUUCAGUCAGUUGGGUCAAAGUCCAGAGGGCUGCUCUUCAUAUGUUUUCCCUAAAAUCAUGGGUGCAGCAAAGGCCAGUGAGAUGUUGUUGUUUAAUAAGAAGCUGACAGCCACACAGGCCUGUGAACUAGGGCUGGUGACUGAGGUCUUUCCUGAAAACACAUUUCAGUCUGAAGUGUGGACCAGACUGAAGGCCUACGCCAAACUGCCCAGAAACUCUCUGGCCCUGUCGAAGCAGCUGAUCCGCGGGGUGGAGAAAGAGAAACUUCACGCCGUGAACGAGGCAGAGGUGGAGAGACUGGUGGAGCGCUGGCUCUCAGAGGAGUGUAUGCAGGCCAUUAUGAACUUCUUCCAGGACAAGUCCAAACUGUGAGGAGAAGACAGGAAGUUCUCCUCUUUAGUGUCUUCAGAACAUCAGAGCAACAUUUUGCCUUCUUUGAACACAGUGUCUUUUAUUAACAUGGAACCACUUCAGUUUGCAAUAGUUUUUCAUACUUCACAUAGUGUAUCAGUUAAGAUAAAGUUCCCAAAUCAUUAAGGUAAUCUAUACAGUCCAUGAUUGUAUAGGAGUUUUGGAUUGUGCAUGUAAUGUACAUAUCAUAAAAGGACAUUUCAUUUAGCCAUCAUGUUAUAUGUUUGAUUUAUGAAAGACCAUAUAACAUAUUUUAAAAGAAAGAUAAACAGUCUGCUACAUAUACAAGAUGUGCACUCAGUAGGUUGUAACAUUCAGUGCCUUACUAAUGUAACAUACUUGUCAGUAAUUAUGCUACUGCAUUUUUCAUUAUGGCCAAAAUAUCAGAUGUAUCAAUGCAUUAGUUAUUUGUAGUUCUGUGACAUAGUUUUGUGACAUAGUUUUUUCCCUGAAUACAGUUUUAGUACCUACUUAAACAUUUUCCUGGACGUGUUUCUGUUUUCUAUCAUUUGAUUUCAAUUUUAACAAGUAGCUAAUGAAACGAUGAUAAAAUGGGGCAAAUAUGAUUUCUUGGUUAUAGCCAGCACUCUGGCAGCUGCAUUUUGAAGUUUAUUUAUUGAACUUGCUGGACAUCAUGCCAGUAAUGCAUUACAAUAAUCUAGUCUUUAGGUCAUGAACGCAUGAAUUCAUUUUUCAGCAUCAGCAACAGUGAGCAUGUGUCGUAACAGCAAUAUUUAUGAGGUGGAAGAAUGUUGUUCUUCAAACAUAAAUUUGAUUUUCAAAGGAGAGGUUGGUAUCAAAUAUUACACCCAAGUUAUUUGCUGUAGAAAACAAUGUAACAGUAUAUCCAUCAAGAGUCAAAUUAUAUUUUAGCUGCUUAUUUUUAGAGGUUUUUGGACCAAUAAUUAAUACCUCUGUUUUGUUGGAAUUGUGUAGAAGGACAUUUCUGGCCAUCCAGUCUUUGAUUUCACUGAUACACUGCUAAUUUGGAGAAAUUUAAAUUUCCAUUGGGUUUAGAAGAAAUAUAAAGUUGGGUGUCGUUGGUGUAGUAUUAUACAUGCAGAAGAAUUGAAACGACAUGAUUUGAAUCUAGGAAAAACCCAACCUUUGCAAUCCUGGAAUUCUUCAACAUUAUAAAUUAGAUGCCCAGGCAUCAACAUUGCUCAGAAAGGCCCCUUAGCAUGACCUUCUGAACUUCUUCACAGAGUUAAAGCAGACUUCUCUUUGAAAGGUUUCCAAAAGACCAUAAGAUUUGCACAACUCGAAUACUAACACAUUUCAUCUUAAUCCAGGAAAAUUCUGCACAAAGUCACAGUAUUUUACCGAUUUAUCAUUCUAAAAUGUACAGAAUGCAUUUAAAUCCACGAUUUAGACAAUACCUUGGCUUGCUAGGUAAUUCUGACAAUUGCUUUGAACUGUGGUAACUUGUAAAACUGACCAAUGAAUGAUUAUAGCCUGAUGCACCUCUUUAAAAUGUGUGCAAUGUUUUAUCCAUGUUGUAUAACCAAGGAAUUAACCAGUAUGAUUUGUAACCAAGGAUUUUCACGUUUUAUUACCUACACGUACAAUAUUAAUGAAAGAAUGUCAUGUUUAGUAUGUAAACGCUCGCUUGGUUACAUGGAGGAAGCUGAUGACAACGAAUAUCAUGUCUCUUGUACCAUUCAAGAUAAAAAAAAGUUCAUGAUUAAAUAUGCACUAUUUUGAGUGGGAAUUUUGUAAAAUAAUCUGAAACAAAGGACCAUAAAUUAACUGUCGGAAAAGACAGCCCAGUCGACCAUGUGACUUUGAAAAGUCACUUCUGAUUGGCGCAGGACACCUUUGGGGAUGCGGCCAAUUUCAGUUCAAAUGUUUCCAAACAGGAAGAACACGCCCUCUUCCUCUCUUCAGUCUCUUCUCUUGUCUUCCCUCGCUGCUUGUCUCCUGCUCAGACUUCACUCAGAAUCUUCCCUCGUGGUCUUCUCGGGAUCUCAUCAGAACCAGAUCCAUGCCAUGUGAGGUCCAAGGGAGCUCGGGACUCAAGGAAGCCUCUCAAUCUCUACGGUUCAGGGAAGGCCUCACUUCAAAGCCAACCUCAUCAUUCAUACAGACAAUAACUCCAAUCUUACAGAGGUCCAAAACAUAGACGUAAUGAACUUUCGACCAAGUGCCAAGCAACACAAAGACUGCAAGGAAACCCCACUACACACAAGUACAUCUCCAAUAUUGUGCUCAAAGUGCUGGUGUAUUUGUUAAAUAUUUUGGAUAAUCCGAUAGCAUAUCGAUGUAGACUCAAAUAAGGUUAAAUUGUCCUUAAGGCAUUGUCAACAGACUCCAUAAAGUUAAUUUUAUCUGUAUUGAUCAUUUGUUUCACAUUCUGUCACUCUUCUCACCAACCUGUCUUAUGUAUUUAU